AUGAUCAGUUUUCGAGACGAUGAGUACCUUCAAAAAAUUGAAAAAUGUAAAAGUGUUGAAAGAAUUACAAACGAAAUGAUCGAAAACAAUCUUCUCCGUUACCCAUUUUUUCAUGGAUUCGUUCUUCAAGAAUUACAAUUAAUGCUUCUGAAAACCAAUGGAGAUUAUAUAAUGAGGUUAUCACAUCAACCAGAAAAGAAAGCCAAGUCAAUUGGUGCAAAGAAGGCGUCUGCAGAAAAGACGGGUCCAGUCGAUCAGAGUACAUUGACACGAGUUAUUCUUGUCCUUUCUGUUAAUAUCACUCAAAAACCUGAUAACACUAGAAGUUUCUAUGGUGAUCUCGACGAGGUGAAACAAAAAGAAAACAUGGACAUGCAUGUGUGUAUCGAGGAAAUCAAUGGGAAGUGGGUCAGUUUCUUCGUGGAACGGCGUACCAAAUUUGCUUCAAUCGACGACCUGAUCACCUAUUACAGAACAAAUCCGAUCUGUUAUCAAGCUACUCGUGUCUUCCUGAAACGACCAAUUCCUCUGCAAGAUUGGGAAUUAAGAAAAGAUGGUCUCGAGGUGAUAAAAACAAAAAAAUUAGGUGAAGGAGCAUAUGGAGAAGUGUAUCUGGGGAAAUGGGCACAACCAUUCAGUGUGGAUCAGAAAGAAUUUCAUAAGUGGUGUGACGUGGCAGUGAAGAUGUUGAAAAAAGAUGACUCGAGGGCUGCACUUUUUGAAAUUAUGCACGAAGCACGGUUACAACUUCAGCUAAGGCAUAAGAAUGUUCUCGCAUUUCGUGGUGUGUUCCUUCUAAAGAAGCCAAUAAUGCUAGUAUCCGAGUUUUGCGAAAAUGGGUCCCUGAAAGAUUAUCUUCAAAAAAACAAGGUGGGAGUAGACGAUAAGCUUCGAUUCUGUCUUGGAUCGUCGUGUGGACUCGAGUACAUCCAUUUCAAAGGACUUAUUCAUCGAGAUUUGGCGACGAGAAAUAUUUUGGUUUCCCUAGACAAAACGCCGAAGAUUGCUGAUUUUGGUUUGGCGAAGCACGCGAGUACAUACAAGAUGAGAAGAAACACAAAGAUCCCAGUUAGAUAUCUGGCACCAGAAACAUUAUCUUCUUUUGUGUACUCCACAAAAACCGACGUAUACACAUUCGGUCUUGUCAUCUGGGAGAUAUUCGCUAACGGGCAGGAGCCGUAUAUAAAAGCACAACCUCAUCAAGAAUCUGCUGUUCCGAAGAAUGUGCCGUUAAAGGGAAAAGAUAUACAAUUAUUGAUCAAAAAAGAGCUAUUCGUGCGAUUCAACCCGGAAACACCAGCUGCUCUUCAACAAUAUGUGACCACUAAGCUUUUCGUGACGGAUGAGAAAAAGCGUCCGAAUAUAACUGAGGUCACUACAUUCCUUGCGGAUAUGCUCAAAGUUGAUUUGACAAAAAUGAGAUUUUCAUACAAGGUUCAGCAAUGA